UGUGGGGGCGCCGCGAUUGGCCGGAGCCGGUGACGGGGACGAUUGUAUCCAGAGCGCGGGGUCAGUGACUCGGAGCCGAGUCUCCGGCCUCUGGCCACCCCCUGGAGCGGCCCCGGAGCCAGAGCGGAUAUCCCCCCUUCCCUUCCCCCACGGACAGGCCCUACUCAGAGCGGAUACCACCCCUUCCCGGAUAGGCCCCGGACCUACAGCAGAUACCCCCAGGACAGGCCUCAGAUCUAGAGUGAGGGCACCUCCGGACCGGAUCCACAGUCAGUCCCAGCCCGGCCCGGGGGCCCGGCUCCGGCCCGGGUGGCCAUGGCUCACCAGCAGAGCAGCAGCUCCCAGAAGGCGCUGAUGCUGGAGCUAAAGAGCCUCCAGGAGGAGCCGGUAGAGGGUUUCCGCAUCACCCUGGUCGACGAGUCCGACCUCUACAACUGGGAGGUGGCGAUCUUCGGGCCGCCCAACACUCAUUACGAGGGUGGCUACUUCAAGGCACAGUUGACGUUUCCUAUGGAUUACCCAUACUCUCCACCCACAUUCCGCUUCCUCACCAAGAUGUGGCAUCCCAAUAUCUAUGAGAAUGGAGACGUGUGUAUUUCAAUUCUGCAUCCGCCAGUUGAUGACCCACAGAGUGGAGAGCUCCCCUCUGAGAGAUGGAAUCCCACCCAGAAUGUCAGGACAAUUCUCCUCAGUGUCAUCUCACUGUUGAAUGAGCCAAACACAUUUUCUCCUGCUAAUGUGGAUGCUUCAGUGAUGUUUCGGAAGUGGCGGGAUAGUAAAGGAAAGGAUCGAGAGUAUGCAGAGAUUAUUAGAAAACAGGUUUUAGCCACCAAGGCAGAAGCAGAUAAAGAUGGUGUGAAGGUACCGACCACCCUGGCGGAAUAUUGUGUCAAGACGAAAGCGCCGCCACAUGACAAUAGUUCGGACUUGCUGUAUGAUGACCUGUACGAUGAUGAUAUGGAUGAUGAAGAAGAUGGUGACGGUGAUUACUAUGAUGAUGACGAUGACUCAGGAAAUGAAGAAUCAUGACCAUCAUCGGGCAGGAGGGGGUGACCAGCUGACCCCCCCCCCCCAUCCUCUUCCCCACCCCACUCCCCCCUCCCCCUCCCUUCUAGGGGCUGACAGCUGCCCUUGCACUGGGCCUGAGACCAGGCCUAUGUUACCGUAUCUGUCCUUCCCCUUCUCCCCAUCAAUAUAUUUGGGGUGUGUCACGUCAACACUGCUCUUCCAGAAUAAACUGUUUCCUGGCUGGGAGGGGGAAAGAGAAGGGGAUUAGUUACUUUUUGUUGGGGAGGGGGAGGACUGAGAGGGUGGGGCUGGUUUGUAUUCUCGUUUCCGAUGCUGUCUGUUUGUUUUUGAAGCCAAUGGUGAAGUGUUUAUUGGGGAGGGGGCGCUGCCUCGCUCCAUGUAACUUGCUGAUAAAGAUUUGCCUCUGAUACAUACUUUUUACCUGAUAGUCUGGCCCUUUCUUCCCCUCAAUUCUGCCUCCGGGUGAGGAGUGUCCACUCUAGCCACUGUCAAAUCCCCAUCCCAGAAGCUUUCCACCCCAAUCCUGUCUGUAUUGAUGAUAAUACCACGCUAUGAAUUGUUUGCUGUCUCCUGCUGCAGUCAUGUAACUCUGCCCCUGAGUAAAGUUGUGACCUCUUGCCAAGCCCUGGUUUCAAAUUUUGGGGGGGUGGGGGGGUUGCUGAAUUACUGGUGGCAGAUGAUGGACAUCCUCUCUGUCUAGGACAAGCUGGGCACCCCUGCCCCAGUCUUAGUGAAGUGCAGACACCUGCAGCCUGAAGCUUUCCUGCCACUGGCCACCUACUGAUCUGCUGGGGCUGGUUCUACUUGUUUCUGUAAACCCAGGUUUAAGGGCUGCUUCAGCAACAUAACACUGAGACUGCACAUGCUGAUCUUAUUGCAGAAUCCCUCCCACAAUGAUGCUGUGCUUUCAUUCUGUCACUUCUGUUGAAGUCGAUGUGUUAAUGAUGGAAACUUUUUGAGAUAAAAGUUUUAAAAGGAUGGCUUUUUUUUUGGUUUGAACCAAGUGCCCUUGAAUUGAGACUCUCCUGACAUUAGUGACUCUGAGCCAUAAGUCACAAUAACUUCCUCUGAGUGUGGUGACAAGCAGGACUGGGACAGCCCGGGCCAGAGGGUGAAAUAACGCUCAAGCUCAGUUUUGGGUUUGUUUUUGUCUUUGCUCCUGGUUCUAGUUCAGCAUCUCAGAAGAGGGGGAUUCUUGUGCAACCUGAAAACAGGCCUAGCAAAAAAAGAAAACUGCUGACCUGGGAGCUGAAGAAUGAAGACAUGAAUAUUUCCAUCAUAACUCACUUCCAGAGGAAUUUCUAAACUGUAUUGUGGGAUCUGCCUAAACUGAUUCUUUAUUUUGUUUUGAGUGACUGGUCAUCCUGUUUGUUUGUAGAAUGUUAAGGGCUCUGUCUCACACUAGUUAAAAUUGCAGUGAGAGUCAGCCCUUCUGGGUGGCGUGAGCCCUGUACCCCAGUGAGAGUCACCAUCUCUGGGAGGGAAAUCUGCAAUUGUGGUUUUCUCUCCUGGGAUAUAUGACCAAGGUCUGGCAGGGUGAGGGGGGAUUGCUGGAGUGCAGCUCCAGCAUGUGGCUGGGCAGAGGAUCGUUGAGUAGAAUUCUAGACUGGAAUGUGGGCGAUGUAGACCUGUGUUCCUCCUGUCUGAUUUGGAUAAUUGAUCUUGAACGUGUGGCAUUAAGCUCUGUGAGAGCUUGUUGUGAAAGGUCCCUUUUUGCUAUCUGGCCAUCUAAUAGCAAAGUUUGGAACUUUCCCUGGGGCCUGGAUCUGGUUGCUGCUGACCACCAAAACCACCCUCCUCACUGAGGAAGGGGGCUAGGUGGACCCUGGGCAUGUUACUCUAGCUGUGUUAUCUGCAGGGAAAUGUCCCACAUGCAAUCUGUGCUUGGAAGUUCUUGUUUGUGGCUCCUUGGUGCCCAAAACCCCCUCUAUAGCGGGCUUUGCUCUGGGAUUAUUCUGGCUACCCAGGUGAGUGGGCGUCUCUGGUCAGGGACCUCCUCUUCAUCUCAAACAGCUGCUGUUGUUCCUGAAAGCAGGCAGCUCAAAGCUAGAAUCAAUCUAAAACGCAGGAUGCUUAUCAAAGAGCUUCCGUAAACAGUGGCUUUAUUCCAUGUUUGCAGCUGGGAAUUAGCAGUAUUUUGGUUUUGUUUUAGUCAUUAUUUCUUUGUUUCUAAAUUGAAUAAAGGACUUUUCAGGA